CUCGAAUCAUGGCUACGAUUUCACCAUCUCGCCGUCGAUGCACCAACGAACGUGAAGCAGCCCCGGCUUAUGACAGACCAAUGCCGGCAAAAGGCCACUGUUCAACAUGUAUAUCAACCAGUCUACACGCUGCCGUGGGGUAAAAUCUACUAACCAUUUGUCCAUUCAUCCCCCCAUCCCAUACCCCAACUUUCUCUCGUAAUGGCUCCCUCAGCUGUGGCAGAUAUCUAUCCAAUCUCAUCACGACAUUCUAAUAAAUCGUCGAAUAUUACAGCAUCCGUUUUACACGGGCCAAGAGAUUUGCGGCUCGAAACCCGUUUCCUGUCAGAACCCGCGCCCCACGAACUCCAGAUCGCUAUCAAAGCCACUGGUGUCUGCGGGAGCGAUGUUUCAUACUAUACCAAGUUCCGCAACGGUGAUCUGCAAGCCGUACAGCCGCUGUCACUAGGCCACGAGUCUGCAGGUAUUGUGGUCGCAGUUGGCGAGAAUGUCACUGGUUUCCAGAUUGGCGAGCGCGUGGCUCUGGAGGUUGGCGUACCGUGUGACAACUGCAGGUCAUGUCAACGCGGUCGCUACAACCUCUGCCCUGGCAUGAGGUUCCGCAGUAGCGCAAAGUCUGUGCCUCACUUCCAGGGGACGCUCCAGGAACGGAUCAAUCACCCGGCGAAAUGGUGCCACAAACUUCCAUCACAUGUUUCUAUGGAGUCUGCUGCGCUCUUGGAGCCGCUUUCUGUGGCCAUACAUGCGACACGGAGAGCUGGUAUCGAGCAAGGUGACACUGCGGUUGUUUUCGGUGCGGGCACUGUUGGCUUGCUGACUGCUGCCAUGGCCAAGAUGUCCGGCGCCACGACUGUUGUCAUUGCCGAUGUUGACCAUGGGCGGAUCGACUACGCUCUUUCAAACGGAUUCGCACAUAAAGGCUACAUUGUAACGCCGCGAAAACACUUGGAUGAGGGUGCCGAGAAGUUUGCAGCCGCGAGAGAGAUGGCUGAAGACGUUAUGGAAAUCGCCUCGUUCAACGAGGUCGACUUUGAAGGCGCGGACGUGACGUUCGACUGCACUGGCAAGGAGGUGUGCAUGCAAGCUGGUCUUUACGCAACAAGACCUGGCGGGAAACUCGUAAUGGUCGGAAUGGGCACUCCGAUCCAAACCCUGCCCAUGUCGGCAUCUCACCUCAAAGAGGUCGAUAUCAUAGGUAUCUUCCGCUACGCAAACACGUACCCGAUUGGCAUCAAGAUCAUAUCCUCUGGUGUCUUACCCAGUCUCGAUAACAUGGUUACGCAUCGAUUCAAGGGCCUUGCAGCCGCGAAUGAAGCGUUUGAGACUGCUGGGAAGACGGUCGACAAGGAUGGUAAUUUGGUAUUGAAAGUUCUUAUUGAGGCUUGAUUGGGCACUGGUGUCUUUUUUGGAUGUGCAAUACCUCAUUAUGGUGUACCUUGGGUGUUUGUGUUUCUUCUGCGGAUGCUUGGAAAUAGGUACGGGGAAUCGGCGAGGCGUUUGGAGUUUGGGGAGAUCAUAUUAGAGAUGAUAGACU